AUGGGGCUCCCGCUAGACUCAGAAGACAGGCACUCUGGCCACUCCAAAAACAAACGGGUCAGGAUUUCCGAGAACGGGGCAUAUGUUUAUCCCACUUCUGAUACCCAGACACCACCAACUCCACGAUCGGCAAUGCAUUUGACCGCCUCAUCAGAACAUCACGAAGAUCUGGAACAGAUAAACGACAUGCUGUUGGAUCCGCCUCCAUGGACUCUUCAAAACCACCACAACGAGCUGUUCUCUCGUCUUGGUAUUCCUAUAUUUACCAGCGAUGGUGCCCAGGGGUUUGUACGGAGAAACGGAGCAGGCACCACUGGGCUUCUAAGAGGAGGGGCAGGUCGCCCUUUGAGAUACACUCCUACCGUGAGGAGUGAUACUUUGAGGCAUUCACCAUCAGGAGCUCUGCGAAGACGAAACUCGAUUUACCGCAGGCAUAAUGCGGCGCGAUUGACCGAUUUAGACGAUUCUUCAGGUCAACAACGGGUUAAUUUGGCUGAGAUAUGGUCUGGUACAGCUUCGGCUGCGGCCAUGGAGAACGACAGCAACCAGCAGCAGAAUGGCGAUGAUCAUGGCAGUGACGCCUCGAUUGCUGGAAACGACGGUGAUUCUGGAAUUUCCCCUAUUGCCGAAGCGGUAUCACCUCCACAAGUUCGCGAUCUCUCCACUACUCUGCCGAGAGACAUCCUCGAGUCAAUGCUAUAUCCCGAUUGGAUGCGGCCGCAGUUGCGGCGCCGAUACGAGACGUUCGAUGCCGCGCCAGUGCCUCCAUCAAUACGGCUUCCUCUCAGCCCGGAGUCGAUGGGAAGAAGAUAUGUGCAGGCCCCGGACGAGUACUCUGCGGGUGAGACGAGCGACGACGGCAGCGACAUUCUUACCGACUCUGACCCGAUGCUGGACCCUUUCACGUUGAACAGAACCGGAGUCAGGUCUGGAUCAUCUGGAGCGGCCUCCAACAUGUUUUUCUCGCAGGACGAUGACUGGGAUAUCAAGGAGACGAGAGCGAGGUUUAGUCUCAUGCAGAGGGGCCAUCUUUACGAAAUCAACUAUCUGAAUGACACUCUCAGGACUGAUCCUGUGUUUAUGCAGAAGGUGCUGGAGCAGUCUAUCAAAAGAUUUGGCCAGCCAAUGGCAAGCGGUACGGUGCCGGAAGAUCGCAAGUGCUGA